AUGGGACGAGGAAAGGUUCAGCUGAAAAAGAUUGAGAAUAAGACAAACAGGCAUGUUACAUUUUGUAAGAGAAAAAGUGGGUUAUUGAAGAAGGCUAAAGAGCUCUCAGUGCUCUGUGAUGCAGAACUUGCUCUCCUUGUCUAUUCCAACAGUGGGAAGCUCUAUCAAUAUGCAAGUAACAGUGUCGAGAAAACAAUUCAGAGGUACAUCGAUAUCACUGCUCAGAGAAUGCAGCCGAAUGGACAUUUUACUGUAAAUGAUCAGAAUUUGAACUAUUGGCAAGAGGAAGUCAGAAAACUCAGGCACCAAAGUGACAGUCUAAUGAAUUCCAUCAGGCAACUAACGGGAGAAGCCCUUGAACCAUUAAGCAUAAGUGAACUCCACCAGCUUGAAAUUAAGAUGGAGAAGAGCCUUGCUUGUGUAAGAUCGACCAAGGAGGAAAUGCUAUUUGAGAAGAUAGAGAAUCUGCAAACAAGGUUGAAGGAAAUAGAUGGGUGCACAAGUAGACGAGAGCCGCAGAGCUUCGCUCAGAAUGAGUUGCGGAUUGUCCAAGACAUAAACUUGGAGAGAUCUCCUCAGCACUCAAACCCUAAUCGUGUGGUUAUUCGAACUGCUCUCCGACUCUGCAAGCUUUAUCUUCAGUAA